UGCUGGUUGCAUCCAGAGUGUGCGAGUGGCUCUGAAAGCUGCUGUGGCAGGCUGUUUUCUAGAUAAGUAAAGAGACAGGUAUCAAGAUUCAUUUCCCGCUGAUGUCAUACGGCAGCGACACGUCGCACGUUUGGAGCGGAUCUGCAGGCAGUGAGGUGUCUCCAUACGGCCCGCUGUGGGACGCACCACCAGCGCCGGUGCCCUACCCCGACAUCCUGGCGUUCCCGCCGGCCGACCUGGUGUGGUCGGCGGCGGGAUGCGGCCGUGGACCGUCCCGCGCGUCGUCGGGCGGCAAAAAGCCGCGGCGUCGCGUCGCGUCCGUCGCACAACGACGCGCUGCAAACAUACGGGAGAGGCGACGCAUGUUUAAUCUGAAUGAGGCUUUUGACAAGCUCAGGAGAAAGGUCCCAACCUUCGCCUACGAGAAACGUCUCUCACGCAUAGAAACCCUUCGGCUUGCCAUCACAUACAUCAGUUUCAUGUGUGAGCUCUUACACGGGUCCCCACAACCACACCACGCGCCGCCUAUACAAAGGCACGUCUUUGACGGAGAUGUGCCCUGGUGCGGGUAGAAUAAUGAGAAGUUAGUUUACUGUACCUAUAUUGUUUCUGUGACAUUAUAAUAGUGGCCAAAAGUCUACGGGCAGCUCACCACGCAUGUGCGUGAAAUUAUUUUUUCUAAAACCUCUUGAAGGAAAGUACCUAUUUCCUGUAAUGCUGUCAGAAUCUGAGGUGGUAAAGUACUUAUUGUCGCGAUAUUUUUGGCUAUCAUAUUCCAUCUAGUUAUCUAGAAGAAGAGCCUAAAAUAAAAUAGGCAAAAUGAACCAAUAUUAACCAGGCAUAAAACAUCGUCUUUGAUUUGUUGAUGUUAUAGUGUAUUUAGCUAAUAAAAAUAUUAUGUCCUAUCAUAUUUUUAGAGUAGUACUUUUAAAUAGACUGUAUUUAAUAGUUAACUGUGAGUAGGUAUUUUAGUUUUCAUGUAGGUACCUAUUAUUUUCAAGUAUUAACCCAUUAUAAGCGUACCUAUUUCUUUCAUGUAAAAUCUAGUCAAAAUUGACAAUCUUGAACAAUAAUGUUUAAGUAACUAGGUAUUUCGUUGUAAAAACCUAGUCAUAUGUACCAAAGUCUUCCAUUAAUCAUAAUUUAAUUCUAAGAACAAUAAAU